GUUGGCUCUUAUUUGCUCGCAAGGAAUUCCGUUACGUGACAACUUUGUGCGUCCGCUAUGACAGAUUUCAUGCACUGCAAUAACUGCUACAUUCUGCCAUCUAAAGGAACAAAUCGCAAGUACUUUCUCACCAGCUGCUUCCAUAUCUUGUGCCAGUCGUGUGUUCAACACAUACCAGGUAAUCCCAUGCUCUGUCCAGUGUGUAAUCAUGAAAUGAAAUCACUCGAAAUCAAUUCGGCUAUGGAUCCAAAUCUGCAAGAGCUCUUCAAACGGGAGAAACUGACUCAGCUGAUGAAGUAUUGUCAAAGGCAAACGCAAAUUUCGAAGGAACAGGCCAAAGAAGUCGAAGAACUGAAAGAAUGGAUCAGAACCGCCGAAAUAAAAAUGAAGGAAAGUGAAGAAGAAAAAGCCAAUCUUCUAAGGGAAUUGGAGGAUAUCAAAAAGCUCACAAAUAGAUUCGAUAAAGACAUUGCGUAUGAUUCAGCCAUCGAGAAGAUGUUCACCGAUUGUCAUCAACGAAAUAGUAAGUGCGACGAUUCCAACAUCAGUGAAGGAAGGUCGAACCUUUCGUUCAACAAAAUGUUUCUUGGCGAAUCUAAAACUGAUGUUCCUUCUUUCUUGCAAACGAAUCCUGAAGAGGACGGAAUAAACAGCAGCAUGAAUUCAGUUGGACGCAGUGGCGUAGUAAGUCCGCAAGCGUCUAUGAGCAGCAGUGUCGUUUCUGAGCUGACUACCCCGAAGAUGUUGGGAUUACCCAAGAAAGGCUUGUCUCACUCCGGUGGCAACGUAUACACUGCUCGACGAACACCGUCAAAGGACAAUCCGUAUGCGGGAGUAUUCUGCCGUCCUCCAGUUUUGCAGAAGUAUAAUGGCCGCUAUUCUGCAGGCAAAUCGGCUGUAGUGACUUCUGCCAUAUGCACCGUACCGAGACUGCAGGCAAAAUCACCCAAUACUCCUGGUUAUGUCACACGUGGAAAGAUCAUUCCUCGGGCAAACACUCUUGCUAUGGAAGGCGACGGCUACUAGCAGCUUUGAAAACAAUGAUGUCUGUAUGAUAAUGAAUCUGUAAACGUUUUUUUAACAUAGAUUGCGAGAAUCUGAAUUAUCGAUCAGCGUUGAAGAUUUUUGACUUUGUUGCCAAUUUUUAUAAACAUUUGAUACGAU